AUGCCUGAUGCAGUUGCUACUCAUGUCGAUGAUUAUCUAUGUACAUCAUAUGAAAUGGAUUCAGAUAACCCGACUUAUAUAACUGCUUUUAACCCAGCAGCAACAUCAAAAGAUGCUCACCAUAUUUUACUUUAUGGAUGUACAGAACCAGGCAGUCAUCAAAAGAUUUGGAAUUGUGGUGAAAUGGCUUAUUCAAAUGAUAGUUCUAAAAAAAGUUACGAAACUGGACCAACAUGUGCUUCGGGUGCGACUAUUAUUUAUGCUUGGGCUUUAGAUGCUGAUAAGACUGAAUUACCAAAAGAUGUUGCUUUUAAAGUUGGCGUUUCAACACCUAUAAAAUAUCUCGUAUUACAAGUUCAUUAUGCCAAUAUAGAUAAAUUCAAAGCUGGUCAAUCUGAUCGUUCAGGUUUAAUUCUCACAACGUCACCUGUACCAUUAUCAAAGAGGGCUGGUGUACUGCUAUUAGCAACUGAUGGUGCAAUUGCACCUUAUUCACUUGGUAAUUUAUACGUUACACCUAAGCGCGCUGGUAUCUUUCUCCUUGUGACUGGCGGUCAUAUUGAACCGAAAACCGAAGAAGUAUUUGAAGUAGCUUGUGAAAUUAAAGACGAUAUUGUGAUGCAUCCAUUUGCUUUUCGUACUCAUGCUCAUAAACUUGGUCUUGUAAAUUCUGGAUAUCGAAUACGUGGUGAAGGUGAUGAUCAAGAAUGGACAGAAAUUGGUCGACGAUCACCUCAGUUACCACAAAUGUUUUAUCCAAUUCAAAGUGAUGUUCCAAUUAAACAAGGUGAUUAUGUUGCUGCAGCUUGUACAAUGUUUAAUUAUCAAUCACAUCCUGUUAGAAUUGGUGCAACUGGAAAUGAUGAAAUGUGCAAUUUUUAUAUGAUGUAUUGGGUUGAUGGUGAUAAAAUAUUAGAAGAUGGUUUUUGUACAAGUAGUGGACCUCCACAAUAUUAUUUUGGAUAUGAUCGAAAUUUAAAUGUGGAUAAAAUUCCUGAAAAUGCAUUUCGUAUUCCACCACCACCAAAUGGUCCAGCUCCUGGUGAACCUUUACAGGGAGACCAUCAUAUGACAAUGCAACAUAAAACAAAUCCACGUAAACGACAAAAUCGUUUUAAAUAUAUCUUUUAA